CGGCCGGGGCGUCCCCGGCGGCCCUGAAGCCCCGUUCCCAGGGGUCGGGGCGCGGCGCAGGUCGCGCAGACGUGUCGGCGCACCGGGAGGACCCAUCCCCCGCCCCCCGCGGCCGUGCGUCCCGCCCCGCCCCGCCCCGCCCCGCCCCGCCCCGCUCGGAGACUCCCGGAGGCCCCGCCCCCGCCCCCGGCCGUCGGAGGCGGCGGGGGAUGACGUCAUCGAGCGGGACGACGGGCAUUGGGCGCCAUUUUGAAAAGGGAAAAAAAAAUACGGCGGCGGCGGCGGCGGCGGCGGCGGCCGGGCUGAGGUGCUUGGGCGGCAGCAGCGCGGCGGCCGCCUCGUACGUCCGCCGCCGCCUCGGCGCCCGGCCGCGCCCGGCUGCGCGCCGGCCGACCGGCCAUGGCAGGAGCCGGAGGCGGCGGCUGCCCUGCGGGCGGCAACGACUUGCAGUGGUGUUUCUCGCAGGUCAAGGGGGCCGUGGACGAGGACGUGGCGGAAGCUGAUGUCAUCUCGACUGUGGAGUUUAGUCACUCUGGAGACCUUCUUGCAACAGGAGACAAGGGCGGCAGAGUGGUUAUUUUCCAGCGGGAACAAGAGAAUAAAAGCCGCCCUCAUUCCAGGGGGGAAUAUAACGUUUACAGUACCUUUCAAAGUCACGAACCAGAGUUUGACUAUUUGAAGAGUCUAGAAAUAGAAGAAAAAAUUAAUAAGAUUAGGUGGCUACCACAACAGGGCGCUGCUCGUUUUCUGCUCUCUACAAACGAUAAAACUAUUAAAUUAUGGAAAAUAAGUGAACGGGAUAAAAGAGCAGAAGGCUAUAACUUAAAAGAUGAAGAUGGACGACUUCGAGAUCCACUUAGAAUCACGGCACUACGGGUCCCAAUAUUGAAGCCCAUGGACCUCAUGGUAGAAGCAAGUCCACGACGAGUUUUUGCAAAUGCUCACACAUAUCAUAUAAAUUCCAUUUCAGUAAAUAGUGAUCAUGAAACGUAUCUUUCUGCAGAUGACCUGAGAAUUAAUCUAUGGCAUUUAGAAAUCACAGACAGAAGUUUUAACAUCGUGGACAUCAAGCCUGCCAACAUGGAAGAGCUGACAGAGGUGAUCACAGCGGCCGAGUUCCACCCGCACCAGUGUAACGUGCUCGUCUACAGCAGCAGCAAGGGGACCAUCAGACUGUGCGACAUGCGCUCCUCCGCCCUGUGCGACCGCCACUCCAAGUUUUUUGAAGAGCCGGAAGACCCCAGCAGUAGGUCCUUCUUCUCAGAAAUAAUCUCUUCUGUGUCCGACGUGAAAUUCAGCCACAGCGGUCGGUACAUGAUGACCCGAGACUACCUGUCGGUGAAGGUGUGGGACCUCAACAUGGAGAGCCGGCCUGUCGAGACCCACCAGGUCCACGAGUACCUUCGAAGCAAGCUGUGUUCCCUGUACGAAAAUGACUGCAUCUUUGACAAGUUUGAGUGCUGCUGGAACGGCUCCGACAGAAUGGUGGAACGUGUGCAGUACUUCAAACUCUGAACGUAUGUAUCCACAAACUUCCAUAACUUUUUUGUUUCUGUAGAAAUGGUACAUCUGACACACCAGGUAAGGUCUGGAAAGAGCCUUAACUGCAGCUGCCGCUGAGAAAGAAAAUCCCAAGGAGUAGUAACAGAAUCGCUGCUGAAAAAGUAACACGUGGUUUAAAGUAUGCCUCAAAUUCACUGCAGUUGAACACUUACGUGCUUUUUAAACCUUUGUAACAGUACUUCGUGGGAAGAGGGUAACAGGCUUCUAAAAACUGCUGGAAUUAUAUGCAUGACGAAUUUCACUGCAUUUCAAGCCAGCAAAAAUUAAACAAUUUUAAUUAUUAUGUAAUGCCACCAGUACCUUGGUGGUUUACUUUAAAAGUAGGUUGAUAUCGGAAAUCAAGAUUUCCCAAGACAAAAAAAUACAGAGGUAACAACACUAAGUGAUUGGCGCUUGCUGCCGUGAAAUUUCACACAGGAGCCCGAGACCCAGUCCUCCAGGGGACGGGACAGCUGGGGCUCACGUGCUGCUCUUGAAAUUAAGGUGUAUUUUGGUUACUGGUGAUAUGGAGAUGCAAGAACAAAUGUCUUGUCAACUCAUUCCCCUGAAUUAAUGUUAACAGGAUGCCACGUUAGCUCACAUUACGUCGGAAAUAGAGAAUCAACAAGUCCAUUUAUUUUAAUUUAAAGGUAAUUCUAUUACUGCGUAUUGGUUGACGCAGUUCACAAACCUGAGAUGUGGAACAGAGUUGUCUAAGUAUCAGUCAACCCUGGCCCUUAAGGUAAAGCAGUUCUAGUAAGAUGGGGUUGUAUUUACUUGUUCAACUAUUUUGACCAAAAAGUUUAAUAAAUUUCAGAUGUUUUACCAGA